AGUCCAUAUAAUAAUCGGAUGCAUGUUAAAGAGACGAGAGGCAUCGUCAUGUCGACCACGGGUCCCAUAAACAAUUAUUAUGUGGAUUCUUUGAUAAACCAUGAGAGCGAGGAUGUGCUGACAUCGCGGUUCUCAGCCCCAGAGCUUCUCCCCACCGGUUCUCGACCGACGACACUAGCACCAGAGUGCUCCGAAUAUCCCUCCUGCAGUUUUGCGCCGAAACCUUCUGUCUUUACCUCCUCCUGGGGCCCAGUUCACCCCCAGUCUUCAGUGGUAUAUCACCCAUACACCCACCAACCUCACAUUGGAACAGACUCGAGGUAUGUUCGCUCAUGGCUAGAGCCCAUAUCUGGAACAAUAUCCUUCCCAGGCUACCCUGCGAACGGCAGACACUACGGACUCAAAACAGAUGGUUUUCCUCAGCCCGGUGCUGGAGACUCCAUAGCCUUUAACCGCCACGGAUACCCGGAUUAUUUCUACAACACCUCCGUGGACAUCCGAGACAAGACACAACAGAUCAUCCCUUCUCCAGAGUCGGAGGUUUUGGCUUCCGGAAAGCACAAAGACGGCAAGCCAGAAUUCGACCCAAGCAACCCGGUGGCGAAUUGGAUACACGCUCGUUCAACAAGGAAGAAACGGUGUCCAUAUACAAAAUAUCAGACUCUCGAACUCGAAAAGGAGUUUUUGUUCAAUAUGUACCUUACCAGGGACCGUCGAUAUGAGGUCGCUCUGGUUCUUAAUUUGACCGAGAGACAGGUCAAAAUUUGGUUCCAGAAUCGGCGGAUGAAGAUGAAGAAAAUGAAUAAAGAGAAGACAGAGACCAAUGAGCAGUAACGUGCCCUAUGGACACAUUGACUCGUAAACAUUCAGAAAAAUGCCCCUCAUGGACUGUGGGCGAUGGUCUCUUCUCUUGAUAGAUACUAUUUUCCUUUUUUAUCUGAUAUAAUUAAGCCAUAUGCCUAUUAUUGGCAAAGUAGCACAACGCAAUUUAGGCCCACGUCUCAAUAUGAAUGUAUGCAGCUUGUUUAGACUAUUUAUUAGUUAUUAGGCCUACUGUUUCAUGUCAAGACCUACUGUUUCAUGUCAAGACCCACGAAUGGGAUAUUGGUAAAGAAAGGUAGCCUGUAAGGUGAAUUUGGAUAACUAUGCGUGAAUGGUGUUUCAUCUGUUCACGUGUAUAACAAAACCUGGGUAUUUUUGUACAUGUUGCAUCUUAUUCAAGUGUAAAUUAGUGUUCUGUACUCGAAAAUGCAUCAAGGUACAUGGAACGUUUGUCUGUGUUUACGUCUGUGAAUAUAUAUUUAGUUGUAGCCUGUAUGUUUUUAAAUAUUUUUUUCUCUCGACACUUGGACUUUAUACUGUAUACUGUAGA